AAAGAAAAUGGCGACUGGAGGACGUUUAACCCAUUCAAAGAUUAAUGAUUCAGAUGAAGUUAUUGACUAUGCUUGUUCUCCAUGUACGAAGAGAAACAAGACGAAUGAUGCUGUUAGAUUUUGUGUGGAAUGCCAGGAAUUCUUGUGUUCUCUAUGUGUGGAUAACCAUAACAGUUUUUCUGCUCUUACAGGACACAUCUUACUAGAUAAAUCACAGUUUGGAUCUCUGGGGGGAUCAACUGCACCGAACGUUCUUCCGUUGCCGACAGAGAGAUGUAAGGUUCAUUUAACGAAAUUAGUGGACAUGUACUGCGCAAACCACGACGCUGUUGGCUGUUCUAUAUGUUUAAAUAUCGACCACAGGAGUUGUCAAGAUGUACACUACGUACCUACAUAUGUACAGGGACUGAAGCCAUCUUUCCAGACGUCGAGUUUAAAAAGUCAAGUUAAUGCCACUAUUGUGAAGUUGGAAAGUCUCCUGAAACGGUACAAGGAUACCAGGGGUGAAUUUGACACGAAGCGAGUUUCUUCCCUGAAAGAUAUCCAAGAAUUCAGAAAAGAAAUCAACAAAACAUUAGAUCGAUUAGAGCAAGCAUCAAUACAGAAUAUUAACAAGCAGUAUAAAGAUUUAGAUCUAACGUGCGAAAAUGAAAUGGCAGAUAUUCAAAGAAUGCUUGGUGAAUUGAAAAGAAGUAAAAUGUCGCUAGAAUCAUCUGUGACGAAUGUAUCGCAGCAGUUUGUAGUUGAUAGAAAAUGCAAAUGUGAUGUUGUAGAUUCGGGAAGUCUUCUAGAACGAUCCAUGAUUCAUAGAUCAAAGUUUAUUCCAUUUAAAGGAAACACAGAUUUUUUCGUUUAUAUAAAUACAUUUCAUUCCCUAGAUCAGAGUGUGCAACAAACUGCUCAGAAAAUCAAGCCAAAGAAAACAUUGUAUGAAUUAAAAAGUGCAGACACAUUUGAUAUAAGACUACCAACAAAUGAGGGACCAUGUGAGAUUCGAUCAAUGUGUAUACUUGAUUCUGGUGAUAUUCUAGUAACAGACAAUAGUAACAAAGCAUUAAAACUGAUAGAUGGUGAAUCGUAUAACGUUAAAGACUCAAUUAAGGUUCCAAAUGGACCGUCAGGAGUAUGUAAAGGUCGGAUUCAUGAGGCAGUAGUGUGUUUAGAACGUACAGGAAUACAAUUCGUAUCUACUAAAGAGAAACUUGUACUUACCCAGACAUUAAGUAUGAAUCAUAUUUGUUUGGGCGUUUGUAUGAUUUCGUCUUGUUUAUAUGUCACUGACGGCCAAAAUAGAAAUAUAUUUAAGUACGACUUUAACGGAAAACUUUUGAAAAAGAUAUCUGGUGAUACAAUCUUUUCAUGGAAUCGAUAUUUAGCUGACAGUUACGAUGGGAAGUCUCUAUAUGUCACUGACCGUGACAAUGGACUGUUAAAACUUGAUCUUGAAGGCAAUGUUAUUUGGAAACAGCCGGCAAAUAUUUUUGAAUCAGCAUAUGGUGUAUGUACUGACGGACUUGAUGUUGUUUUUGUUACUGGCUAUAAUUCAAAUAAUGUUGUUCAAGUUGCUUCUGAUGGUACGUGUCUUGGAGAGGUGAUUUCAAAAAACAGGUGUGUCAUUCACGCAUCGGCAGUUUGUUUUGACCGACUGAAGUCAAAGCUUAUUGUUGCAGGGGAAGAUACAGGAAUAAUUCACGUCUACUCUUUAGAAUGAAAUAAGUAGAAACACUUAAAACGUUUGUGUGUUAAGCAAAUGUCUUUUAGAAUUUAUUGACCAAGUGAAAAUAUCUUAAGUUUAAUUGGAUUUUUAAAUUAACGUUGUAGAGUAAUUGAAACAGUCGAAAUAAAAACCUUAAAAGUGUUUUGCCUCCCUGAGGCGUUUGCUCAAUCAAUACUUUUAUCAAGGUAAAGGACUAUCCAUUUAACUUAAGUUUAAGAAUAUUACAGGUUGGUGCCUAUUUGAAACUUAUAUAUGCAGGCGCAAAAUACCGGUAUAUAAUAUUGAACAUAAUAUUUUAUAAAUUAUCUUUUGUCU